UACCUUUGAAGCUUCCUGUGACUGCAUAGGAAGGUCCAUUGAAGCCGCCCUGCGAGUCGUGGAGAUUAAAUUAUAUCUACGCUGUUGAUUUUCACUUCCAUAUCCCGAUGCUCUUAAACAUAUUAUUAUUGUUUUUCUGCCACCCAUUUUUAAUGUCUAAUAGCAAAUCAAUAUCAGACUCACCUGAGAAUGACUUUGCUGAGGGCUCGAAUUUCGAGUUAAAUGAGUUUUUGAUGUUUGAUGACUGGCUAGGUGAAGAUCCAGCAUCAAUGGUUUCUGGGUCUUUGACGAAUCCAGUUUAUCAAGCUAGUGAAGGUGAUGAUCCUAGUGGAGGUAGCAGCCACAUUGGAGGGCAUACUAGCAGAGAGAAUGAAGGACUGCGAGAGAAGAAGGAAACCAGAGAAAGAGUAGCCUUUAAAACAAAAUCAGAGGUUGAAAUACUGGAGGAUGGUUUCAAAUGGAGGAAGUACGGUAAAAAAAUGGUGAAGAACAGCCCAAAUCCAAGGAAUUAUUACAGGUGUUCAGUUGAAGGCUGCCCAGUGAAGAAGAGAGUUGAAAGGGAUAGAGAGGAUCCAAGGUACGUGAUUACCACCUACGAGGGAGUCCAUAACCAUCAAAGCUCUUCUUGACUUCCUGAAUAUUAAAAUGUAAAAUGUUAAAGAGUUUUAACGCUUAAAAUGGUAGACCACAUCUUUGUCACGACUCACGAGGUGUAGUAGAGUUGACAUCAGGGUUUAGCAAUGUGAUUCGAACAUUAACACCACCAUGUCAUGUCCUGCUUCUCAUUCUACAUUCAGACAAGAUUUAUAUGUUGAAGAUUGUAUGGUUAUCAGAUUAGUGUUUCAGAAAACUCUUUAUAUAAUAUAUAUAUAUAUAUAUAUUAGUUUU